AUGGGCGAUACCUUGGAAGCUAGAAAUGGCAACUCAGGUAUGAAUAAUAAAGAAGAGAUAUUAAGCGUGAAAAAGGGUACAUGGUCUUCGCAUGAAGAUUCCAUACUUAUCAACUACAUCGCAGUUCAUGGCCAAGGCCGUUGGAAUGUUGUUGCUCGAGACUCAGGGUUGAGGCGGAAUGGCAAGAGUUGCAGAUUGAGAUGGAAAAACUACUUGCAACCAAAUGUUCAACGAGGGAAUAUUACAGUUGAGGAGCAGCUUUGCAUUAUGAAGCUCCACUCCCUCUAUGGAAAUCGGUGGUCGAAAAUAGCUAAGUUGUUGCCUGGUCGAACUGAUAAUGAAAUCAAGAACUAUUGGAGAAGUCAAGUUUUAAAGCCUGCAAAGCAGCUGAAAUACGACACAAAUAGCAUGGAGUUGAGGGAGUUCGUUCGUGACAUAUGGCUUCAAAAAUUGUCUGAAAGGAUUCAUGCUAAUAAUAAUGAUAAUAAUAAUAAUAAUAAUAAUAAUAAUCUUGCAAGUGUUAGCGGGGUGAUGAUGAAUUACAGUGCUGAAAGUGUUGGAAUGGAUUAUUGGUCGAAUAGCAUUUCAUGUGAUCAAAUUGCAGUCGAGAAUAAUUUAUGUAAUAGUAGUAGUGACUGCGGGUUUCAUGAUUACAUGCUCGAUUUUGGGCAGCAGUAG